AUGGACAGUGAAAGAUCCAGCAAAGAGGUUGAUGAGGGCUUUCAAGAAUGUCAGAAAUGCUACAAAGAUCUGGAAGAGAAGCAUGACGUAUACUGUGAGCUUCUUGACGAUUCGGCAUAUGAAUCAGAGCAGGCAUGGAUAGAAGAUUGCAUGAAUAAAUUCAUGCAAGUGAAAGCUAAGGUUUGGGACUACCUCGAAAGAGAUAGCAUUGGAAAUGUCAGCUCUGGAGGAGUAAGAAAUGCAACUCAAUGUAAGGUGCAGGUUGAAAAACCUAAGUUACCCAGGUUUUCAGGAGAUAUUAGAGAAUACCAAACUUUUAAGUCUGACUUCAAGCAUCUCAUUGAAACCAGAUAUGCCGAAAGGGAUUGCAUAACAAUUAUGCGUACUAGCCUACAAGGGAAACCACUGGAAAUAAUUCAAGGGAUAGGAACUGACUAUCAAGCAGCAUGGGAGCAACUUGAUAUCAUGUACGGUGAUCCGAGGAAUCUCGCCGAUGCUAUCAUAUCUGACAUCACAAAGUUCAAGAACUUGAAGGACGGUGAGGAUGCAAGGUUCAUCGAGUUUGCAGGAUUAGUUAGGAGGAGCUACAACACUCUGAAACAGAUAAAUAAGGAAGAGGAUAUGAACAAUUCUCAUAUGUUGUCGUUGAUAGAACGGAAGCUUACAAAUGAAGAUCGUAAGAUUUGGUUACGUCUGCAGAGGUCACCAACUUUAAAGGGCUUGAUGGACUGGAUGAGUGAGGAAUUACAGACUCGCAUUAGGGCGACUGCAUCCAUUCGAGAAGGAAGGUCAGAUAACAGGACCAAGCAAGGUGCAUCCGUACACCAAGUUAUGAACCAUGACAAAGGCAAUGAUGUGGUUCGUAAGCAGGACUUUAAGUGUUGGCACUGUAAAUCCAAUGAUCAUUGGAUUGAUAAGUGUCAAAUGAUUAUCAGUAUGAGCCAACCUGAAAGGUACGACCUGAUGAAGGCGAACAGAGCUUGCUUUUCCUGUCUGAAGCGUGCUGGCAAGGAACACCGCAUGACCACGUGUAGACGAAGGAAAAAGUGCGACCAAUGCCCCUCAUAUCAUCAUCCUUUGCUGCAUUCAACAAUAGAAAAAAGGGAGUCUACAGUGGACGUGGCAAGUAUCGGAUCAAAGGAUACUCUUUUACCAAUACUCUCAGUCAAGGUUCGAGGUACAAAGGGAGCGGUCAUUGGUAACUGUUUGUUGGACUCUGGGUCUCAAGUGACACUCAUCAGGACAGAGAUUGCAAAGAGGCUUAACCUAGAGGGUGAUCCAAUCCAAGUCGUGAUCACAAAAGUUGGCGGAGAUAGAGAGACUGCUGAUUCCAAGUUAUAUCGGGUUAAGCUUGAGUCUUUGGAUACCCAUGAAGUCAUUGUGGUACAAGCUAUCGGACUAGAUGUCAACAACGAUAAUAUCGCAGGUGUCGAUGUUAGAGAGCUAGCAAGGAUUUUCCAUCUUGACAAACUCUACAGGAGUUCUGGCCCAAUUGAUCUACUCAUCGGUGCUGACUAUGCAAAGCUCUAUCUUGGGGAUGGAAAACCAAGAGAGAGAGGACAUCUAGUUGCUAAACGAACACCACUAGGCUGGGUGGUGUUUGGUGGUAAACCAGGCCAGAAGGGUGGAAACGUGCUCAAUGUACAAGUAAUCAGGAAUCCCAUUGAUCUACAGGAUUUUUGGACGACAGAGUCUAUGGGAGUCGCCUGUCCAGAUAAAGAGGUAGAUGAACAGAAGUUUAUCGUCAAGGCUUGUCAGAAGAAAGGACGACAGUGGCUGGUUCCAUAUCCAUGGCAGAGAAACCCAAAGGAACUGCCAGACAACAAGGUACUGGUGGAAAAAAUGCUCUGUGCUACAGAGAAAAGGUUGCUGAAGGAUGCUGAUCAUGCCAAAGCCUAUGAUAAUCAGAUCAAAGAAAUGAUACAGAUGGGUUUCGCAAGGAAAAUGACAAAUGGGGAAAUGGAGUCGUAUGAGGGCCCUGUGCAUUAUAUUCCUCAUCAUGUAGUGUUGCGACCUGAAAAGAAGAGCACCCCGAUCAGAAUUGUCUUCAAUUCCUCUUCAGUGUAUGCCGGCAAGUGUCUCAACGACUUCUGGAUGAAAGGCCCUGACCUCUUAAAUAACUUGUUUGGAGUCAUCCUACGUUUCCGGGAGAGGUCAGUAGCAGUUUGUGCAGAUAUCUCAAAAAUGUACCACAGGGUGCUGAUACCCGAGUCUGAUCAGCACGUACACAGGUUUUUAUGGAGGGACUUGCAAGUGAACAGAAAGCCUGAUACGUAUGUGAUGCAAGUCGUGACGUUUGGAGAUAAGCCGGCUCCAGCAAUGGCGCAGACAGCACUGAGACUCACCGCAGAAGACGGCCGUGCUCAGUCUCCAGAGGCUGCAGAUGUAUUGAAAAGAGAUACAUACAUGGAUGACAUCUGCACAUCUACAGAUACAAUAGAGCAAGCUAAAGCCUUAACCAAGGACAUUGACAUGAUUCUUGCUGAUGGUGGAUUUAAGGUGAAAGGCUGGACUUCCAACACACAGCUAAAAGGUCCAGAGGAAAACAAAACGGAGAAAACUAUGAUGGAAAGUCUAGCAGAGGAAAAGGUGCUAGGAGUCUUCUGGGAUAGAGAGAAGGAUAAGUUCUCUUACAGAGUGAAAGUUGACAAGUUCAUGGAUAAGAGACUUACCAAGAGAAUCAUCCUCAGUCAGGUUGCCCGAAUCUUUGAUCCGAUUGGCUACACAGCACCGUUUGUCAUCCGGGCUAAGAUUGGACUACAGCAGCUAUGUGAAACUGGCUAUGACUGGGAUGCAGUUCUUCCAGAUGAAUGUCAGAUGGAGUGGAAAAGAUUCUUUCAAGAAAUGGAAGAGCUCAAGGAGGUAACAUUUGAGAGAUGUCUGACUCCGAAGGAGGCAGUGGGUAAGCCGCUGCUCUGUAUCUUCAGCGAUGCUUCGAUGCAUGCAUUUGGAGCAUGUGCAUACCUGAGGUGGGAAAUGGAUGGUGGAGGCUACAUGACUAGAUUUGUGGCAGCAAAAUCACGAGUGGCACCACUCAAGCCACUAACAGUUCCCCGUCUUGAGCUACAGGCUGCAGUUCUUGCAAGUAGGUUGUAUAGGACGAUAUUGGAGGAGCUGAGGAUUGAAAUUGAGGAUGUCAUUUUAAUGACAGACAGUACGAUCGCCCUCUCGUGGAUUAGAGGUAGGGCGAAAACCUUCAAGACGUUUGUUGCAACAAGAGUGGGAGAAAUCCACACCAGUACAGACCCCAGCAAAUGGAGACACAUCUCUGGAGAAAGCAACAUAGCAGAUGUGUUAUCAAGAGGACUGAAGGCAAGUGAGCUGGUAGGGUCGUGGCAAAAUGGUCCGGACUUUCUUCAAAAGUCAACGUCUGAUUGGCCUGAUGAAGUCAAUGUUCGUGAGGACCUUCCUGAUGUUGAGAAGGAGAGGCGUCAUGAGAAGACAGUUCUCAAUGUGUCUCAGAGUUAUCAUCUGAUUGAUUAUGAGAGGUUCUCUAACUGGAGAAAACUGGUCAGAGUAGCAGCAUUGGUGAUAAAGUUUGUAAAGAAACUCAAGGCCAGACGGCAGAAUAAGGAAAAGGAGACCAGUAUAGAGCUUACGCCCACAGAACUAGAUGACGGAGAAAAGUACAUCAUCAGAGAUGUACAAAAUGGCAUGGAGUCUCGGAUCAAGAAAGGAGAGCUGAAGUCUUUGAGUCCAUUCAUUGAUGACUACGGUAUCAUACGGGUUGGAGGCAGGAUAGAUAAAGCGAUUACGUCAUUCGAGCAGAAGCAUCCUGCCCUGCUUCCAUAUGGACAUCAUGUUUCAAGACUGAUCACUCAUCAUGUACAUGAGACGAGUCACAGUGGAGUAGCUGCAACCAUGGCAAAGAUUAGACUAAAAUACUGGAUUCUUCAUGGUCACAAACUUGCCAAGACAGUUAAGUAUAGAUGUACCAGGUGCAGAGUGUUUCAGCACAAGACAGAGACCCCAACAGAUGUCAGACCUACCAAAAGAGAGAUUGGCCCCAGGUACACCGCCAUUCCACUUUACUUCAUGUGA